AUGCAACCCUCCAAGCCUAACCAAGUUAAAUCAACUCAGCCUUUCGAAUCGCCCUCUGUCUCUCUCAUCCCGAAGGGACUCCAUGGCGAGACACCCAUCUCCGUACGGCCUUGUCGCUGCGGCCUCAACUACCCAAACGGUUGCGAGUGGCAUGUCUUCCACCCCGAAGGUCAGGUACUCGCGAUCCACCACAAGAACUCUCCCGAUGAGUUUGCCAAGGUCCAAGACUCUCCUCCUGCUAACACCCCUUCCAACACCACACCAAUCUCGUUAACCGAGGCCCAGCUCAACUCUUUCGGGUUUGGCUACCACAAGGAUGCUACAUUCACCCUCAAACAAAACUUCUCGAAGAAAAGGGACUUGGGCCCGUGGGCACGGGUACAAGGCGAAAGCAUACGAUGUCUGGGUUGCGAUGUCGACGUAGUUCCGGGAGAUUGGAUUGAGCAUCGGGGAACCUGUCGUGGCAUCGAAACGAAAGUCGUUGAUGUCAUAGCAGACGCUUGGGAAAAGGAGGCGAAGGACGGGGCCUUCGCUUCCCGUGCCCCUGGAAUUUUCUCUCUGCUCGUCUAA